GUCCCCUUCCUUCCCCACACACCUCUCCUCCUCCUCCUAAGGUCUCCUAACAUUUUUCCAGCACCAUCCCCUACAUAAUGCCCGCAUCCACAUCCUUCUCUCCCCAACUCACCGCCACACGCCCGCCGCAGCCAUGUCUUCUCUCUCAGUCAGGUUCCUCACCUCUCCCCUGCCCAGCUGCCACUCCACCAGCAGCAGCAGCACUACUGCCUCGUCGCACCGCCCGAGGUCAGUCCGGCUCCGGGCCAUCCCCACUACGGCUCCGUCUGUUCCUGCCACAUCCGGGGAGGAGGCGGCUGCGGUGGAUGCGGAGAGGCUGGAGCCGAGGGUCGAGGAGCGGGGUGGAUACUGGGUGCUCAAGGAGAAGUACAGGGCAGGGAUCAACCCCCAGGAGAAGGUGAAGAUCGAGAGGGAGCCGAUGAAACUGUUCAUGGAGAAUGGGAUAGAGGAGCUCGCGAAGAUGUCCAUGGAGGAGAUCGACGGCGCCAAGCCUACUAAGGCCGACAUCGAUGUCCGGCUCAAGUGGCUCGGCCUCUUCCACCGGAGAAAACACCAUUAUGGGAGAUUCAUGAUGAGGCUCAAGCUGCCCAAUGGCGUGACGACAAGUGCGCAGACUCGGUACCUUGCAAGCGUCAUCAGGAAGUACAGGAAAGAUGGGUGUGCGGAUGUGACUACAAGGCAGAAUUGGCAGAUCAGGGGAGUGACCCUGCCAGAUGUGCCAGAGAUUCUCGAAGGCCUAGAAGAAGUCGGGCUGACUAGCCUGCAGAGCGGCAUGGACAAUGUGAGGAACCCUGUUGGGAAUCCUCUGGCAGGGAUCGACCCGGAAGAGAUCAUCGAUACUAGGCCUUACACGAACUUGUUGUCCCAAUAUGUUACCGGGAAUUUCCGUGGGAAUCCAGCCAUCACUAACUUGCCUAGGAAAUGGAACGUGUGUGUCAUUGGGUCGCAUGAUCUCUACGAGCAUCCUCACAUCAACGACCUCGCUUACAUGCCGGCGACCAAGGAUGGAGUGUUCGGAUUUAAUCUCUUAGUUGGAGGAUUCUUCAGCCCCAAGCGGUGCGAGGAGGCGAUCCCUCUCGAUGCCUGGGUCCCUGCAGAAGAUGUAAUUCCAGUGUGCAAAGCUAUUCUCGAGGCCUUCCGGGAUCUUGGAAACAGGGGAAACAGGCAGAAGACGAGGAUGAUGUGGCUGAUCGAUGAACUGGGCAUUGAAGGAUUCAGGGCAGAGGUUGUUAAGAGAAUGCCGAACGAAGAGCUAGAGAGAGCUUCCCCUGAGGACCUUGUUAACAAACAAUGGGAGAGGAGAGACUACUUAGGGGUCCAUCCCCAGAAGCAAGAGGGACUCAGCUUCGUUGGCCUCCACGUCCCCGUAGGCCGUGUCCAGGCAGACGACAUGGAUGAGCUGGCCAGACUAGCUGAUGAGUACGGCUCUGGAGAGCUCCGCCUCACCGUGGAGCAGAACAUCAUAAUCCCAAACAUCGAUAACUCGAAGAUCGAGUCCUUGCUAAAGGAACCCCUCCUGAAAAACAGGUUCUCCCCCGAGCCGCCCUUGCUAAUGAAGGGCCUCGUGGCCUGCACGGGGAACCAAUUCUGUGGACAGGCUAUCAUUGAAACUAAAGCUCGGGCCCUUAAGGUGACUGAAGAGGUCGGACGACUCGUGUCGGUUGACCGGCCUGUAAGGAUGCACUGGACAGGGUGCCCAAACAGCUGUGGGCAGGUCCAGGUGGCCGAUAUUGGGUUCAUGGGAUGCAUGACUAGGGAUGAAAACGGGAAGACCUGCGAGGGAGCUGAUGUUUUCUUGGGCGGAAGGAUCGGAAGUGACUCUCACCUGGGGGAGCUCUACAAGAAGAGUGUCCCCUGCAAGGACUUGGUGCCAUUAGUAGCUGACAUUUUGGUUAAACACUUCGGAGCCGUUCCUAGAGAGAGGGAAGAAUCCGAUGACUGAUCGUUCAUGACCCUUGCACUGAUUGAAUGAUUGAUCAACACUCAGAUUACACAUAUCCCAUUCAACGCAAAGGAAGGAUCGGGGUAUAUAUCUUUCAGACGGCUUGGAGAAGAAAGUUCUUUAAGAUAUUCAGUUAAAUGCCUCAGAAGAAAGUUCUUUGAGAUUCGGGCUUUGUGUCGAGGUAUUGUAUCAAAAAUAAAACAAAGGGUUCUCUUUCUUCUUGUAUUUGCAGCGAUAUGCUGAUUAAAUUAUAUAGGGACCACUGAGACAAUCGGUCCUAUUUUAAUGCUUUCA